AUGGCAUCGAAAUCGCGUCCACAAUUAAUUAUCGAGGAUACAAAUAUGGGGUCUUAUACGCUACCAGCUGAUAUACACCCAGCUUUAGCAAAUAUAAACAUAAAAGACUGGUCCUAUCAGCAAUUUGUGUUGCAAGUAAUUUUGUUGAAAAUUCCCGUGAACUCUGUAGGAGAUAUAGAACAAGCAUGGAUCGAUUCAUUGAAUUUAUUAGGAUCAAGAAAAGACAUAGAUAUAUUUUAUAGAAGCUUUAUUAAAAGGUUGAUUGAUUAUCAGCCUUUCGAAAAACUAGAUUCAAGCACAGAAUUUGUAUUAAGUCGUUACCUUAGCUCGCAAAUGCAGUUAAGGCUUGGAUCUACUAUUAAAGAUAUUUACCAUCAAACAGAGCAGCAAUCUAGAGAAGCAUUUGUUUCAAAUAAAGUCUCAAUUUGUUUAGAUAAUGAUAAUACAAUAAUGCAAACGACGUCUUCAGUGCCUCAACCCGCAGAAACAGGAAUAAAAAAACGACCUUAUGAAGAUGUUGAAGAGUUACAAGAGGUGGAAGCAAAUUACUUAUUUGAAGAAGGGAACGAAAGAAAUAUUAUUUCAACAAUUGAUGAUCAAACACUGAGCGAUGAAGUAAUGUUAAAUAUUUAUGCUACGAAGUCUUCUUAUACCAGUGAAGAAAUAAAAGGAAGCUUCGAUUUGUACAGGUCAAAAAUCUCUAAAACAAAAAGAAUAGUCACGCCUGGGUAUUGGGGAAUUAUUGACCUAACAAAGGAAUCACUUUUUAAUUGUAAAGAAAUUAAUGAUGACAUGUUAAAGUAUUUGUCAAAAGAAUUUUCAAAUGUAAUUCAAUGGAAGCCAGAGUCAACUCCGUCAACUAUUCAGGAUUACUUCAACAGCAAUUGUAGUAUUAAUUUAAGUAAUUUAAGUAAUGAAAAUAAAAAAUUUAAUGCUAACAUUCAAUAUAUAGUUGCAAACAUUGAUGUUCUUAAAGGAAAUAGAUGGGGCGAAAUUCAAUCAUAUUCAACAAAAGAAGCACAAAAUGAAGACGCUAACCCAUUUCAAAAAGAUAGAAUUGGUAGAAAAGUAGAUAUGAUUGGUAACCUUAAAGAGACGUCAUUCAAGGUUGAAGUUUUAUUUGGGGAAGUUUCUGGUGGAUUAGGUCCUUUUGGUCUUCCUGCUGCGACAAGAAAGAAACGUUUUUUUGACAAAAUAAAAUUGUCCCGAAAAUCUGUGGUUUUAUAUGGUUGGACUCAACAUGGACUUGAAAUAAAUGUUUAUGCGUUAAAAUGGGAAGGCAAUAGUACCUAUCUAUUUGGGUUGGUCGAUAAAGGUACUCUACCAUCUUGUGAGAAUGAAUGUGGACUUUUUGAAGAUUUAUAUUGUAUCUUUAAAGAAUUAGAAAGACAAUUAAAAAAAACUGAAGAAAAUAUCAAAGCUUUAAAUUUAUUUAAUGUAAGAAGUAAAAGGAGGAAUUUAUGUGUAGAAAGCACUCCCGAAUUCAACUUAACUAGAACACCAAAAUAA